AAAUUGGAUAACAAAAAACAACCUUUUUUUUUAUCAUAAAGAGAGCAUCAUAUUUAGCUUUCACCACAUUUUGGAGGCAAACAUAUCUAUAGUAUAUGUUCUGUUUUCAUGGCAAAAACAACUCACAUAGCUAUUGUUUCAGGUCCUGGUUUCAGCCACCUAGUCCCUAUAGUUGAGUUCAGCAAGCGACUUAUCAAGCUUCACCCAAAUUUUCAUGUCAACUGCAUCAUUCCCUCAUUUGGGUCACCCCCAGAAUCCUCCAAAGCCUACCUUAAGACUCUUCCUUCAAACAUAGACACCAUCUUACUUCCUCCCAUUAACAAACAACAAUUACCCCAAGGAGUAAACCCUGCAGUCACUAUUACUCUUUCUCUGCCAUCAAUACAUGAGGCCCUGAAAUCCUUGUCCUCUAAAUUUCCUUUAACAGCGUUGGUUGCAGAUAUUUUUGCAUUUCCAACCUUGGAAUUCGCAAAGGAGUUCAACGCACUAUCCUAUUUUUACACCCCUUGUUCAGCCAUGGUACUGUCACUGGCUCUACACAUGCCAAAACUUGAUGAGGAAGUUUCAGGUGAGUACAAGGACCUAACAGAACCUAUAAAGUUACAAGGUUAUGUACCAAUUUUGGGGGUUGAUCUUCCAGCUUCAACCCAAAGUCGAUCAAGCGAAGCUUACAAGUCUUUUCUUGAACGUACCAAAGCAAUAGCUACCGCAGAUGGGAUAAUUAUCAACACCUUCUUAGAAAUGGAAUCAGGUGCUAUAAGAGCAUUGGAAGAGUAUGAAAAUGGGAAGAUCAGACUGUACCCAGUUGGACCCAUUACGCAAAAAGGGUCAAGAGAUGAGGUUGAUGAGUCUGGUAAGUGUUUGAGUUGGUUGGACAAGCAGCCACCUUGUUCAGUGUUGUAUGUUUCUUUUGGAAGUGGUGGAACACUCUCUCAGAACCAAAUCAAUGAGUUAGCCUCGGGUUUGGAAUUGAGUGGUCAAAGGUUCUUGUGGGUUUUGAGAGCACCAAGUAAUUCAGUUAAUGCUGCUUACCUUGAGGCAGAAAAGGAGGACCCUUUGAAAUUUUUACCAAGUGGGUUUUUAGAAAGGACAAAGGAGAAAGGUUUGGUUGUGCCAUCAUGGGCACCUCAGGUUCAGGUUCUUAGUCACAAUUCAGUUGGAGGGUUCCUGAGCCAUUGUGGUUGGAACUCGACAUUGGAGAGUGUGCAAGAGGGAGUGCCUAUAAUAACAUGGCCACUCUUUGCUGAGCAGAGAAUGAAUGCAGUUAUGUUAACCGAUGGACUUAAAGUGGCGUUGAGGACAAAAUUUAACGAGGAUGGCAUAGUGGAGAAGGAGGAAAUUGCGAAGGUGAUAAAGUGUCUGAUGGAAGGGGAAGAAGGUAAAGGAAUACGUGAAAGAAAGAUGAAUUUAAAAGAUUUCUCUGCUAAUGCACUGAAAGAUGGCUCUUCAACACAAACCCUGUCUCAAUUGGCUCGUCACUGGGAAAAUUCGAGUGAGGUUUAGGUAAAUAGCUUUUUUCUUAAAUUGUUUUUAAGUAGUUGUAUUUUGUGUGCUUUUCAUGGUUAAGUUAUUGCGGAUCUUGGAAUGCGAAUUACAAUUUUGGAGAAGCUGCGUGGGUUAUAUAGGGAUCGGUCAGCUGGAAUUUAAUGAGAUUCAGGAAAAAAUGAGGUAUUCAACAACGUGAAUUUUGAUCAUUCUAUUUCUAGGAUUAUGCAAGACAUCGUCCAUAUUUAUUGUGAUUAUUAUGAUUAAUAUGUUGAGCUGUAACGUUUGUAGACACAUGUGUACCCCAAUCUGAGAGAUACUUCUUGUAUCUCUUGGUAUAUUAUUAAUAUAAAUAUAUACAUAUUUUGCA